CUCUCCCGACGACGCGAGGGGGCCGGCCAUCUAAACGGCGGCCGCAGAGCUGUGCGCUUCCGCCUAGUCGUGCUCUUUCUCUCUCCUCCCGUGCGUGUGAGUAUCCGCCCGGGCCGCCUGCGCGGUUACCACAACAAAGCCGCGGGGAGGGAGACGGCGGCUGGCGCUUGCCGGGGGCUGCCGGCCAGGCCCGGCCCGGCGCGGCCCGGCGGCGGUGCGGCCUCCGAUGCUCCAUUUCGGGGCUUCGCUGGUUCCUCCUCCUCCUCACGGAAGGUGUCCGGAGAGCGGGUGACACUUCCUGAUUCAGCAUGGACCGGUUUGAAGAUCUAUCAGAUGAAGUGGAUCAUGCUUUCUUUGACAGCGAUUUUGAGGAAGAGAAAAAGAAAGCUGAAGAAAAUGGUGAAUGCAUAGAGAAGGAAAGCAUGAUGACAGCUCUUACAGACCCCAGCUUGGUUUCUAUUUCAAAGGAUACAAAGUGUAAUGAGGAGGAAAGUGAAGAAAAGCAGAAAGAUUUUCAGAAGGAUCAGUCCCUAGAAAAUAGCACAGGUUGUCUUGAAGAUGCUUCAUUUUUGUCACUUUCUCUAGUUGCAGAGAACGCAGGUGCAUCUGGAAUGACAUCUGCAUCAAGUAGUGGAAUACUAGAGAAUGUUCCUGCUGGAAUCCCCAAGAUAGUUAAAGAAGGUGAAGAAGAUUAUUAUACAGAUGAAGAAGAUAGUAGUGAUGAUGACAAAAACCAGAAGGUUAGACCAAAGUCAGCUAAGCAGUCAAACAACAUAAAAAAGGCUAGCAAAAAAUAUACUAAUAUCAGCUUCUCCUCCUCUUCCUCCUCUUCCUCCUCCUCCUCAUCUUCCUCUUCCUCAUCCUCAAGCUCAGAUUCAGAUGGUUCUGAUACAGAUUCUGAUAGCUGUUUAUCAGAUUCAUCUCAUUCUUCCUCAAAGAGGAAUGCUUGUAGAAAUGCUCUUCUGUCUCCAAAACAAAAAUCAGAGUCAGCAAUGAAAUUACUAGAAGAAAAACCAAAGCUCGUUGACUACUUGGAGGAGUCUGAAGACACAGUGACUGAUGUAACACCUCUGUCCACUCCAGACAUCAGUCCCAUCCAGUCUUUUGAACUUGCAGCAUCAAAUGAUAAGAAACUUAAAGUAAAAAGACAGGAAAAUGUGAACCAAGAAUUACAUGAUUCCGAGUUUGAUCGCAGAUGUAGUCAGAAAGUCUUGCAUGAUGCCAUGGACCUGAAUCAGCUUUUGAAAGCUUUCCUACAGUUGGAGAAAAAAGAUCAGAAACUAAACAUCAAUCACCCAUCUAAAGGAAGAAGGAGAAAUUAUUCUUUCACAAGUGAAGAAGUAAAAAAGAUUGAUCGGGAAAACCAAAGGUUGCUAAAAGAACUGUCCAGACAGUCUGCAAAGCCAAGAAGAAGUACCCCAUUGAAGAAGCCAUCUCUACCACCUCCUAAAUUGUACCACAGUGCCCUCAACAGGCAAAAGGAGCAGCAAAGAAUUGAAAGAGAGAACCUGAUCUUUGAUACUAAGGCACUCCUGAAAAGACUGGAAGCGGUGAAACCAACACCUGGUAUGAGGCGUAAUGAACAACUGCUGGACUAUCAGCGCCAGAUGAGUUACAUAGGUUCUUCACCUUCUAUAAGAAGAGGAAAAUCUGCUUUCAGCCAUCUUAGUCCUUUAAGAGCAUCCUAUUCAAGAGCAUCCGCUGUACCAAGUACAAUGAGCCAGAGGAAUGAAAAACCCACACCUGAUUCAGCCAGCGGGGCAUUACAGAGACCUAAACCCACUACUGUUCGUGCUGCUUGGUUAUAAAUGCAUUCUUUGCCUCACAUUCUGAGAUGAUCCUCAGCCUUUUACUUUUUAGUGCUUUUGUAAAUUCUAUGGGCAAAAAUAUUUCCUGCAUUGUUGAGUGAUUAAAAUGCAUUGCGUAUGAAAUAAUUGCUUAUAAAAUGGUUUUAAGUGAACACUUUCACUUCAGUCGGUGUUUUCCGUGACAGGAAGAACUUAAGAAAGGGGUAUUUAAAUGGUCAAGUUAAAUAGAAAAUGCUAAUUACUAUGUUACUCUCAGAUCAUCAGUGGCAUUUGUAUCCAUAACAGGGAAGGACAGCAUUGCUGCGCUACAGGCACAAGAUGUAAAGAAAACCUUUAAUAAUAUUUUAAAAUAUUGCAUUAAACUCACAUGCUUAA